AUGAGCCAUUCAAAUUCUAUUAGGGAUAGAACUCUUAUAGGAAUUAUUGGAGAUGAGGAUUCAGUAACAGGAUUUCUUUUAGCAGGAAUAGGACAUGUAGAUAAUGAACAUAAGAAGAACUUUUUAGUCGUUAAUACGGAAACAGAAACUUCAGUAAUUGAAACGUUUUUCGAUGAAUUGACAGGUUUUCGUACAGAUAUUGGGAUUAUCUUAAUUAACCAACAUAUUGCAGAUCGUAUUCGACCUAAAAUUGAAGCAUAUGCUCAAGCACUACCUUCUUUAUUGGAAAUUCCAAGUAAAGAACAUCCUUAUGAUCCGGAAAAAGACUCUGUUUUAAAAAGAGUAAGACGUUUAAUGGGUGAUGAGUCAUGA